UCGGGAGGGAAAAUUUCAGGAAGUGAUCGGGUCCCAUUUUGAACUCCUCUUAGAUGUGUUAUACCUCAACAGUUUUCACAACAUUCAUACUGAAGCGUUACUUUCUUGCAUAGUAACAAACGUAACACGCUGAUUAUUCCCUCUUCAGUUUCAAUGACAGCUCCUCAAAAGAGGGCGCUACCCAGGCCGCUCCCGGAAGACUUCAUACUGACAGACCAGGUGAAGAAGAAAUGGCGGCUGGGAAAAAUAUUAGGUCAAGGUGGCUUUGGAUUGAUCUACCACGCAUCCCAAGACAUUGGCAGCCCCGUCUCGACAGAUACCGACUUUGUAAUAAAAGUGGAAUACCUUGAAAGUGGCCCCCUGUUCUCUGAGCUCAGCUUCUACAUACAAGCGGCCAAACAAGAGACUGUGCAACAAUGGAUGAGAAGUAGAAAACUUGAGCACCUCGGGGUCCCAAAAUACUGGGGAUCAGGGCAAACUGAAUAUAAUGGCCUCAGGUAUCGUUUUAUGGUUAUGGAGCGACUGGGCACUGAUCUACAGAAAAUCAGCGAACGUAACGGUGGUCGAUUUAAGAAAGAUACUGUGCUCCGGGUUGGUCAAGUACUGGUGGAUAUACUAGAGUAUGUGCACGAGAAUGAAUUUGUUCAUGCAGACAUUAAAGCUUCCAACCUCAUGCUGAGUAUUAGAAACCCUCAAAAGCUCUAUUUAGUCGACUAUGGGUUGGCCCGCAAGUACUGUGUUGAUGGAGUCCAAAAAGACUAUAAGGAAAACCCCAAGAAAGGUCACAAUGGAACCAUUGAGUACACCAGUCUUGACGCCCACAAAGGAGUUGCUCCAUCAAGACGUGGCGACAUCCAGAUUCUUGGUUUUUGUCUUCUUCACUGGUUAUGUGGGUCCCUUCCCUGGGAUAAUGAUCUCAAGAAUCCAGUUAAGGUCAUGGAAGGGAAGGCCAGACUGAUGGAUAAGCUGCCAGAGUCUGUCAAACAGCUUUCAGUGUGUGGAACCAGCACAGAUGAGGUGGCUUCCCUGCUCUUGUACGCAAAAUCUCUGGGCUUCCAAGACAAGCCCGACUACCAGCGCCUCAGGCAAAUGUUGUCGACUGGAAAAAAGGAAAAACUGGAUUUUUCAGUACCGCGUGGAGUCGGGGAAAGGUCUGUGUCUAAGGUGCUCGGUUCUCCUGCCAGGGGCAAGAGAACAGCAAAAGCUCGAGGCUUCCCCAAAGCAAAGUCUGUAGCCAUGCAAGUGGUUGUUGAUGAGGAUGAAGAAGAGGAGGACGAGGAGGAUGUGGAGGAGGAGAAGCCUAAACAAGUGCCUAAAAGAUACACACGAGGGCCCCCAGUUCCACAGAAGAGUGAUAGGGUCCUAAGACCGCAGAGGACUAGGACUACAACAGCUAAGAGUUACAAGGAAGAUGACAGCUCAGAUUUUGACGACGAGGAUGACGACGAGGAUGAUGAAGAAGAGGUCAGAAGCAAACCCAUUGAUCCACGCUACAUAAGAGGCCCUCCAAAAGGAAAGAGAGGUCGGCCUAAAAAGUUGUAAGAACGAAACCUUGUGUACAUGUUACGUUGAUUGCUUGUAAGAAUUCCGCCCAGAACCACUCCAACCCCCUGAAAUAAAAUAAUUUGAGUUGA